CGAUUUGACACCACCAGCUCGUAUCUUUUAUUCAAUGCUAUACAUAUGUCAUUACCUCAUGCGGUCGAGGUUCAAAACUCUGAAUCUGCUUUGCUUUUUCUCCACUGUUCCCAGACCUUAAAAAGACCAUAAGAAAAACAAAAAAAACUAUCCUUCAGGUGAUACAAUAUUAUUCCCAUGCGUAUUAAGCCAUUUCAUUGAUGUAACUCUUGUACCAUUUCUGUCCAACUGAUGACGAUCGCAUCAUAUCUGACAUGGGGGAUCAUUCUGACAAACACUCUACGCCAGCUCCCCUCGGUUACCUCGCGCCGGUCUGUGCCGGCCUUCUCGUGAUCAGUGUCUGGUACCGUCAUUUUCGUCGGAACCGACAAAGCUCUCGUUUUUUGGAUCUGGAGAGUAUUUCCUUUCGACGCGGUUCUACGGUGAUCUCAAGUGGCGAGGUUGACAAGCAGUUCCCGCGGAUGAAAUACAGCGACUGGUGGGCGGGUCGAUGUAGAAAAGAGAGUAUUGGUAAAGAAACUAUUGAGUCGCUGGGCUCAGGAUCGGAAGACCCUAGAAGUGGUCAGGAAGAGAAGGAGACAGCAAUUACCGUCCCCGAAGGCCAUGUCCAUAAGACAGACCCUGCUGAGGAUGCUCCAGACACGCAAAUAGACAAGGCGCAGAAACAUGUUGGCGACCCAGUGAAUGCUUGUGGGCACGACACUGACGAUGUAGCCAGCGAGUCGGGAUGCUUAUGCGCGAUUUGCAUGGAUUCUUUUGAAGGGGAUACCUAUAUUCGACCUCUGACAUGCGGGCACAUCUUCCACUCUUCCUGCGUGGAUCCGUGGCUCACGAGACGGCGUGCAAGCUGCCCUCUGUGCAAUAAGAGCUUCGGUGAUCAGGGACCAAGUAAUAGGGAGGAAACGAAUACACAGAUAUUUCCCGUUCUUGCCAUGCCAAGGGCAGCAAUGAUUAGAAGUGACGUUUUCCCCAGGACAAUCUGA